AUGUCGGAUAUUCCGAAGUAUGAUGGGAUGACGGACCCGCAGGAGCACGUGACGUCGUACACUUGUGCCAUAAAAGGCAACGAUGUCGAGGAGGAUGAAAUAGAGUCGGUAUUGCUGAAAAAUUUUGGUGAAACAUUAUCCAAAAGGGCAUUGACUUGGUACGAUCAUCUGCCCGAGCAUUCUAUCACUUCUUUUGAGAUGCUCGCAGAUGAGUUUAUCAAAGCCCAUGCCGGGGCCAAGAAGGUACAAGCAAGAAAGGCGGACAUUUUUAGAAUCACCCAAAGAGAUAAUGAGCUGCUACGAGAGUUCGUGAAUAGGUUCCAAAGAGAACGAAUGGAGCUCCCUCCGGUCCCGGAAGAAUGGGCGGCUCAAGCUUUCACUAAGGGACUCAAUCCCCGAAGCUCAACUGCCUCGUUUAAAUUAAAGGAGAACUUAUUGGAAUACGAGGCAGUAACUUGGGCCGAUGUCCAUAACAGGUACGAAUCCAAGAUUCGGGUAGAGGAUGAUCAACUUGAACUUUUCGCCGGCCCGAUAAAUGGAAAUAAGAACUCUGAGAGAUCGACGAGGAAUUAUGAACCGGAGACAAGGCCAUCGAGGGAUAGGUAUCGACCAUAUUCUCAACCGGAGAAAUCUAGCUUUAGGUCGGAUAAGGGAAGAAGUGGCCCCAGUCAUCUCUCGAGUAGAGGGGAUAAGCGAGUUGAUCGUGGGUCAAAAAUUCGAGGGUUGCUAUUUAGAUGUGAUGCCGGUAGUUCAGCCAAAGAAUGGGGCAUUCCGAGGUUAUCAGAGUACAACUUCAACAUUAACACAUCAGAUCUUGUCUCGGCUAUUAGUCGUAUCACAGAUGCCAGGUGGCCGAGACCAUUGAGAUUCGAUCCAGCUCAAAGAGAUCCGAGCGUGAUGUGUGAGUAUCAUGGGACUCAUGGCCAUAGAACCGAAGACUGCCGCCAAUAA